UUUUUUCAUUCUUGUCAUAUACUAGAGUGUGAUUUUAUCUGAAUGUGUCACCGAGUUCUCACCUGUCAGGUGUGCGCUGAUCGGAAAUGGGCGUGGUCAUUACAGGACUCCUCCCAUAGCAACCGCUAGAGCGUGCCUGCAGUUCCUCGAGUGGAGACACCAGAAGCGCACGUGAAGUCUCACCCGCGCAACGCGAUCCAAAUGAGCUUCCUUGAGCCGGGACAGUGGGGUCAGCCGCCGCCAUGAACGACAAAUACCACCGGGCGGCUCGAGACGGUCACCUGCACCUGCUGAAAGAGGCGACGCGCAAAGAUCUGAACGCGCCGGAUGAGGAUGGAAUGACGCCGACGCUCUGGGCCGCGCACCACGGCAACCUGGACGCGCUCAGACUGCUGGUGGCACGAGGAGGAGAUCCAGAUAAAUGUGAUAUUUGGGGAAACACUCCUCUUCACCUGGCAGCAGCUAAUGGCCAUCUCAACUGUCUGUCCUUUCUGGUGUCAUUUGGCACCAAUGUGUGGUGCUUGGACAAUGACUACCACACACCACUGGACAUGGCGGCCUCUAGGAGCCACAUGGACUGUGUGCGAUAUCUGGACACAAUCGCCGCCAAACAGAUCACCAUCAACCCCAGAGUGGUGAGCAAAUUAAAGGAUCGUGCCUUCCGUAAUGCAGAGAAACGCAUUAAGAACUGUGAAAAGCUUCAGCGCAGGCAUCACGAACGCAUGGAGAAGCAUUUCUUGAGAGAGAGUGCUGCAAUGGACACAUCAGAUACGAUGAGUAACAGCAGUUUCAGCAGCACCCUGAGCCGAAGGAUCCCUCAGUUCAACGCCCUCGACUCCAACAUGACAUACUCACAGGCAACGCUUCAGUCUACAACUAGAGGCCGGACAAAGAUUCAGCGGCGUCUUGAGAAGAAGAAGCAAGCCGAUGGAACGUUCAAGAUAUCUGAAGAUGGGCGAAAGAGUGUUCGCUCGCUCUCUGGUCUUCAGCUGGGCAAUGACGUCAUGUUCUUGAAGCAGGGUACAUACGUCGACCGACGCCAGCAGUCCAGCCCUCGGCUCAACAUCCGUAACAUGUUUUCUGGUAAACAGGACAUCAGGCCAGAUGAUGACGACGAGGUAGACACUGUUUCCCGGGCUCUCAGUGAUCCAGGUCUGUAUGAUGCUGCAUACUCCGAAAUAAGUACAGACUCUGGUCGGGACUCUUUGUUCAACCGCCCAGGACUCGGUACCAUGGUAUUCCGUCGGAAUUAUGUAACUGAUGGGUUGUUCCAAAUGGGACGGAAUGAGGGCAGUGUGGUGGGGAGUGAACCAGUGGGACGAGUCCCGAAUGUCCACUUACGGGGAAGAUUGCCGUUGCGAUCACCCAGUCUUGAUGAAGUCAGCUUAGGCAGCUCAUUGAGUCUCCAAGAGAAGAACUUGCAGGAUUUGCCAUGGGAGGAAGGAGACCUGGGUUUGGAGGAGGAGGAUGACGAGCUUCAGUCAUCGUCGGGUCCUUUAGAAGUAUUCCUGGCAUCUCAGGGACUGAGUGACUUCCUUUCAAUUUUCCAUAGAGAACAGAUGGACCUGGAGGCGUUGCUCUUGUGCUCUGAGCAAGACCUCAUUAGCAUCCAUAUCCCACUCGGACCUCACAAAAAACUACUUGAUGCAUGCAGUAGACGCAACAAUGCUCUGGACGAUGCUGAUGGCAUGCAGGACACUAUGUUGUAGAGUGUGUGUGUGUAUGUCUGUUACUGACUCUGUUCCAAAACCUAGUGUACUUUCUUGCUUCCUGCAUAAGCGGCUGUUUUAAGGCAGCAUCCUAGAUUAACUGUAUCCUUGUGUCUACAUAGUUAGCAACUCAACAAUGCCACACAGAUAGCACUUCAUGCAAAGUGCAUGGGAUACUUGUCCAUUUUCUCCCAUGUAUUGGACAAGUCUUCCAGUAUUUCUGUCAUCUUAUCUACCAUUUGGAUGUUUGUUUGUUUUUUCUCUGAGCUUGUUGCAUUCUCGGAUUGCUUUCUCUAUAACGCAUACAUGCGAUGCUGCUGGGGAAUUUGGCCAAAACAAUAAUUGUGAAAAAAGAUAAUUAUAUUACUGCAACAACUACCUUACUUGCUAUCAAAAACAGCAAAUUAGGGGUUUAUUUAGGGAAACCGUUAUUUGUUAGUUAGUGAAUAUGUGUUCCCUAAUAUAAAGUGUUACUCAAAAUACAGUAAUUUGCUCUUCCUGUGAAAUGACUUUGCUUUUCUGCUGACAACAGUGCAGGCUGUUCAAUAACUGACAAAUAGCUACUUGCGCAUUGUUUUAUUAAACUGUCAUUCAUUUUAACUCCAUUUUGGACUGCAACGCUCACUUUUAAACCAGUCCGGUCAAUACCAGAUUGAUAAAAUCAAGUCCCACCAAACUUGUUUUCCUAACUAAAUAUUCUGUUUCACUAUGAAAUGCAUGACAUUGUGGAAGUAAAACAGGUUGCAUGGUGCAAUUUACAUUUUUUAAAAUUCUGUCUGUACCUGCAUUUUGAACAAAGCCAUUGUGUGUGUCUGUGCAUGAGAAAAAGUGAAACCGCUGCCUCCUUGUGUCACGGAGGAAAACUACAGCUCUUCUAUGGAAAACAUCCCUUUCCAGCCAGCAAAACUGUGAACAAAGGGGUUCUGCUUGCAAAAUGAAGUCUACAUGCCAAUGGUUUCGGUUAUGAAUGCCCUUGCAGUUUGGAGGUUAAAUUCACACAAGCUUUUAAUCUGACCUGCUAUUUACCAGCUUGAGGUUCAUCAAAUAUAUUGUGGUUCCAAAUAUGCUCUGAGUUUC